AUGGAUCCCCUCAGCAUCGCCAGCGGCGUAGCAGGCCUUCUCACAGUCUCAGCCGCCGUGAUCAAAACCUUCGACACCGUCAAAACCAGCAUAGAGAACUGCCCCCGAACAGUAUUCUGGGCACACGCUGAAACAAAGGAGAUCAAUUGGGCGAUUAGACGUCUGAAGAGUUUGAUCGAUGAUCCAGAUUCGGUGCCGAAAGCGGCGAAGAUGUCGGUUGGCAUUCACGAUGCGACUGUCACGAUCAGUGAAUUGAUCAAGACGUGUGAUCAUCUUAUCACCACGCUGAAGCCGUUGGAUAAGGAUGGGAAAGUUGUUCUGACGAGAUGGGAUCGGGUCAAGUGGUUGAGGGUGCAGGAUGAUGUUGUCAACGAGUCUGACGUGGUUAUCGUGGAAUCACAGCGCGCGCUGGAACUCAAGAUUGAUGCUGUCCUCAACAGCAGCGAAGCAACCCAGAGACGAAUCGAAAGUCUCGAAGCGCUGUUCAAUAAGUUCAUCGCCGACAACUCCACUCUGAUCCCCUCGAAUCGAUCAUCUAUGGCUCCGACAUUGCAUCAUUGGAAAGAAGAUGACACCACAGAAACUGAUUCAGUCGCUACAUCACGGAAGUACGACCAAGACGAAUGGGGUGGCUUUCACGCAAGCGCAGAGCGAUCACUCAGCUUCCCGACAUCGAGUGUCCCAGAAUUAGGAAUGCCGAAACUCAAGCGCUCAAUUUCAGCGGAAACUUCGACGAAGAGUGAGAGCAACGGCGCGACUUCACCACCACGUCGAGAGUUUGAAGUUACCCUUGAGAAGACAGACGUCUACAAGCGCGUGUACAACUCGACAGACGCUUUCUCAAUUCACUCUACUCAUGGUCGCUCCAUAACAGGCUCAGUGAUGACAAGUUUCAGUCUUGCCGACGACUCAUCCAUUCUGUCAGCUUUUCCAAUCAUGAGCAGGACAGAACUUCAACACCCCGAGUUUUACACACAAAUGAGUGGCAAUCAACGCAUAUCCAGAGAUCUCAUGAGAACCAUCACAACUCGAAGUGUUGUCAAGUCUCCAGUGGAACCACCUCCAGGAGCACCAUUCUCGCUGAAGCAGUUCAGAUCGCCUCCGAAUUGUGGUGAGAAUGUCAUGGGUCGAUGGCAUCAAUCCCGGACCAAAGCCUGGCGACCCAAAGAGUUUCGAACAGAGAUUCAAUUCGAAGUUCCCAUUAUCUUUGUAACUACUUCGAAGACUGCGAAGGGACCUAUAGUUGGAGCGGAUGUGUUUUUCAUUGAUGGGACGAGAAAGAGUCUUGAUGAUACGUGGACUGAUCUCGAGCCACCAUCGACCGGUACAUUCACCAAGACAGGGCGUUUUAUUAAGAAUGAGCGCGCGACUUGGCUUGCGUUAUUAUCGAGCUUGCAAAAGAUGGAAAACGAAUCGCAGAAUUGGACGAGGCAGCAGAUCAUGGGCUUGAGGCCUCGACCAGCAAGCGCCACAGCCAUACUCACUUCCAUCGCCGGUAAACACACCCUCAACGCCGCUCUGCAACGCGAGAAGAAAAGCUGGGAUGACAUGCCCCCAUCAAUUAACCGCCCAUACGCUACAACUACCAUGAGCAGCUUGAUAGAAAUGCUCGCUAUGCUUGGAAUCUACUGGAAAGACUUCAACACCUUCCACAACGUGUAUCAAGCUGAAGGAAACGGAUUUCUCGUCAAAGGUCGCAAGAUCAGUGGACUUGGGAUCAUGUUUCACUUUCAAGCGUUGGAGAAGGCUGUAUUUGAAGGGAAUAGAACGAUUCCGACGGAAGCGGUGACAAGACUUGCUUUUGGACAACUUCCUACGAUAUUUACUGAAGGACAUCCUGGGUAUAAGGGCGGUAACACGUUAUUUGAGUGGCCGAAUGUUGGAUUGGGAAGUAGGACGGAGAUUGCGGAAACGUUGUCUUCGUUUGGAUGUGGACGCAAGGCAGUCAAUUACUUCCUGAGAGAUGGAGCUGUGACGUCUCACAUCUUUCCAGUCACCUUUGAGCUCAUAGGCAUGAUCGGCCAAGUCUUUCACAUCAAGGACCUCUGCUUCAGAUAUAUUCCCAACCCAUGCUACUGCAUCUGGAGCACAAGAGGCUUCUCCCCCCCUAGAUUACUGGCUUCGUUUCAACGAUAUAUCCAAGACGACCCCGACAUGGCAAACGGAAAGCUACCACUUCAUGCGAACACCAUUUUCGCUCAGAAGACAGGUGUUCGACCGGGAGAUGACACCCCGCAGAACUACAGUUGGCAAGCACAGGAUGCACUGCACUCUGUUCUCGACGAGCUCGACGACUCACUCAAAGACUACUAUUCGCUAAAGCAUGGAAGUCAAAGAGCAUCUCUCGGGCAGGAAAUUAUUGGCGCACAUUUUGAAGAACUUCUCUCCCAGAUGAACAGCGCCUCAGCAUUCCCACCUGCAAACGCAAGUAAUAAAGAAGACACCCUGAUGAAAGCAUACUUCCAGCAAAUACUUCCCGCCGUGUUGAGGUCAGCAUCAAUGACAUUCUUCAAUCUCAAGAACGCAGAUUCUGAGUUUCAGGUCGUCAAGGGGGAAGCGGCCCAGACGGCUGAGUAUGCAGCGUAUCUUCGUGCUGCGAAGGAAGUUUGGUGUACUUUUGUUCUGCGGAUGAUUUGUUGGCUCAUGUUGCAUGAUUUUCACCGGGAUGAUGUUCAGGUUCAGAAGGGGAGUCUGUUUGGGAGUGAUAUACCCGUCUACAUCUCUUGA